GGCUCCACCCCCUUGCCGGUGAUUGGCCGCCUGUGUGCCUUUCCUGAGCUACAGUUCUGGCGGCCAAUCACCGUGAGGAGGCGGAGCCGAGCAGCCGCGCGAACAUCCAGUGGCCGAACUGAAGGAGCAGCCGCGCUUCCUGGACCGGAUCGUCGUGGGACCGGAGCCAGGGGCCGGAGGUGGCCCUUUGCUUGCUUCUAUCCGGGCCUUUGAGCACAAUUCCUGCCACUGACAUCACCAACAGGGCAUAAUCCCGGUCACUGAUACGAACAAUAAGGCACUAUUCCUACCAAUGACCCAAACAAUGGAACACUAUUCCUGCCAAUGACACCAAUGGCAGGGCACUAUUCUUCCCACUGACACCAACAAUGGGGCACUAUUCCU